GGCACCAAACAUCAAACAGCUGUACCCCGGGGCCUUGGGAGCCUUGAAACCAGCCAGGAUUGCGUGUCGACGUCGCUCGAGUCAGCCAACAAGCCCGCAGCAGGAUGACAGAAGGGGGAGGAAGGAUCCAACAAGCCAACCACAAACCCGCCAGGAGCCAACAAGACAAACAGUUUAUCACAUCGGCUCGCGUUGCAUUGGCAGCGACCAAUGUGGCAAGGAUCAGUGCCCGGAUCGCUCGAGGAUCCAGUCGCUGGAGAACAUGUUUCCUGCAACAGCUCAAUCUACGAACCAAGCACAGGCGAGGAAACAGAUUAGGUGACAGGGAUCAUCCACAACGACACGCCGCCAUUGGCUGCUUCAUCCCACAAGUCGGGCGCCGUGUCGUGUUUCGAAACGCUUGUCCAGCAUGGAGGAACGGCGGGUUUUUCGUUGGAAACGGCUCAUGGCACAGCAAAAGGCCACUCGAAGCAGACUCAGGCCCAGGCCCCAACCGUUUCAGGUUGGUCAAGGACCAAGCAUCCAAGCCCGCCAUUCCAUCCCUGUAUGGGAACAAGCGUACAAGACUUCAGACGACAUUCCAAUUGAUCCACGAUUUGCACCAGGGCAGACCAGGGGCCGCCUAUUCGCAAAUUGGUACGGCGGGACUGGGGGCCUUGGGGGGCAGCACAACAGCACUCUGACCUUUGCUGCUCGUGUGCAGCGGUCGAUGCGGCCAGACGGGGGUGGCACUCGGCCAGCAAUAUUAUCGACGAGACGCCCAUCGCUACGCGCGCGGAAAAAUCUGGAAAUGGUUUGCUGUCAGUCUGCUGCUCCAUCGAUUCCUCCCACGU